AUGAUCGUCAGGGCCGCUCACUUAUCAUGGUCGGGGGUGCCGCCUUCUGGGCACGACACUCGACCGUGGCUUCUUCGACCUUUCUGGCAACAAAUCCCUCGACGCUGGAUCAAGAUGCUUGCUCUCCUCGGCUUAUUGUGUUUCAUCUCCGUUUGUCUCGGCUUGAGUAUAAAUCAAAGAGAUCAAGCAUUCGCAAAUGGUCGAAAGCUGCAAGAUCUCGGAAAUGACCAGGCUGUGAGCCAUUUCCCUCCUUCUCGGCAGACACAUCAAACUACGCACGAUCCUACAAUCCUGCGCGUAGGAGAUGAAUAUUAUCUUUACCAUGUCGGCGAACACAUCUUCAUCCACACGGCUCCCAGUAUGGCUGGUCCAUGGAAACGUGUCGGUACUCUUCUCGAUGCCAACAGUGUGAUCCCGAAGGGUGAUCGUGCUGCACCCUGGGCCCCGACCGUGAUCACCGUCGACGGUACAUACUAUUGCUAUUACAGUGUUAGCAAAGCCGGUUGUCGCGACAGUGCCAUUGGCGUGGCUACUUCCAACUCUCCCGGCCCGGGCAACUGGCACGAUCACGGGAUCGUCAUCCAAACCGGCACGGGAAAUGGAUCGGAUAUCCACCCAUACACCGUGUCAAAUGCCAUUGACCCCAGUACAUUGAUCACACCCGAAGGAGACGCCCUUUUGACAUAUGGAAGCUACUGGAACGGAAUUUUCCAAAUCCCGCUCGGCAAAGACCUCCUCUCGCCAAGAAGCACUACCGAUCCCGACGCUCGCCAGUUGGCGUGGGAGCCGAAAUCUCUCGGCAUGCCGAACAGAUUGGCAAACACCAUCUGCGGCGACCCGACCGGUCCCCACGCCAUCGAAGGCGCUUUCAUCUCGUAUAAUGCCGGUUGGUAUUAUCUUUGGUAUAGCCAUGGGUUCUGCUGCAACCUAAAGGAAGACAACCUACCGCCUGCCGGUCAAGAAUAUUCCAUUCGCGUCGGAAGAUCCAAUAGUCCCCGCGGCCCAUUCACCGAUAAAUCAGGCACAGACCUCGUCAAAGGCGGCGGUGAACUCGUCUAUGGCUCCAAUGGAGAUACCUACGCUCCCGGCGGGCAAGGUGUCCUCCGCGACGGCGAUACCGACGUGCUUUACUACCACUAUCUGAACAAGACCGUUGGCAUCGCAUUCCAGGAUGCUCUACUUGGCUUCAAUCCUCUGAAAUAUGUCGAUGGAUGGCCUGUCGCUCAGGCUUGA